AUGGCCAGAGACAAGCGCAUGCUGGACAGCGAGGGCAGCAGUUCAUCGGCGGCCGCCAUGGCCAACCCUAUCAAAAAGAAAGCAAGGAUCGAGAUGGGCAGCCCCGCCCGUCCGGUUAAGGCGCCAGAGACGCAAGUCGUCGAAUUUGCAUUGUCUAUGCCGAAGAGAUCCGACAAACCCCCACCAGGCAUAGCUAUACAGGACGUACUUCCUGUGGCGGUCAAGCGCGACAGCUGGCCAGGUCUAGCUGGUUUCACGACAUGGGUCCAUCUGGGCGAUCACUUCAGCAGGGGCCAUGCUCAGCAAGAAAAGGUCUGGCACGACUAUCUGAGGGAUCGCUUGCACGGUUCUGGUGCCACUGUGGAAGUCGAGAAUCUCGCCGAAGACAUUGCCUCCGCGUGGAGCGACAGCACGAUGCAGAUUGAUGACCUGUGCACUAACGGCCCCGAUCCGCAAGAGGCCUAUGACCCUGCGUCAACACUAUACGUUAUUUGGCUGGGAUACUGGGAUACUUGCUAUGAAGAGUGCGAAGGACCGAGCUAUUGCGAGAGACAGCACGAGGGCCAAUCCAACGACAAGUAUGAGGACCAAACUGAUGUCGACCCUGAAAAUGGCAGUAACGAACAACCCAAUGACAAGACAAGCGAAGAGUCUGAAGGCCACAGGGAAGACUCUCCUGACGACAGGGCUGACGACGAAGCUGAGAGCCAUGUCCGUGAUGGUCCCGAGGAGGUGGUCGACGACGAAGACGAGACAACCGAUAACGAAUCCGAGCAGGCCACCAAUGAUGAAUCUGAGGGGACGCUGCAAGCAGAGGUUGAGCCCAAGGGGACGGAACUCAUGCUCAAGCUACGACGGAGGCGCGCGCAGACGCCACAGCUGCACCCUGCAAAGGACCCUGAACUGGAGUGCUUGUCCGGAGCGAUCUCGUUGAUGUUCUCUUCCGCCGGCGAGUUAUACAAGAAGGCGAGCGCGCGAAACUUCCUUAUCGUCGACACACCUCCUGCGGACCGUGCGCCGGGCAUAAUCGAACAGGGGUGUUCAGACGAUGCAAGAUGGUUCAUACAGUUCUGGAACGAACGCCUAUAUGCCGCUGCGCGAGAAUUCGCCGGUGAUCACGAAGACGUAUCGCUGUUCGUGUUCUCGUCCCACAAGGUGUUGUCGGACUUGUUGGAUGAUCCGGAGGCGUUUGGAUUCGCCGAAGAAGACCGAACAGAGGAGAACGGCAAGAUAUGGACGGAACAUCCGCAAUGGGGCAUCGAUGUCAGCGUCUCCGAUGGUGUGCAUCGACUAUUGGCAGACAAGAUCACACUCGCCAUGUCGCGCAUUGAACAAGAAUGA